AUGGCGAUGGCGGCGACAUCUACAACGUCCGGGCCGCCGAGAUCCUCGCCAACGAGGCCCUCGCGCUGUUACAUAAACUUUAUCAGGAGAAUAAACGAUAAAAGGGGCUCUGAGGGUCUUGAUGAGACAAAAAAGGCUUUUGAUUUCAUGCUCAACUAUGUUGGGAAUGAUGCUGCUUCUGGCCCUGUUUGGAUGGAGUAUAUUAAUUUCCUCAAGUCCAUGCCGGCUGUGACGCCCCAUGAAGAGUCGCAUCGCAUGACUACUGCUCGUAAAGUGUACCAGAAGGCAAUUUUAGUCCCAACUAAUCAUGUAGAGCAGCUGUGGAAGGAUUAUGAGAACUUCGAGAAUUCUGUUAGCCGCACCUUGGCAAAAGGUUUGUUAUCUGAAUAUCAACCAAAGUUUAACAGUGCUAAAGCUGUAUAUAGAGAGCGAAAAAAGUUCAUUGAUGAUAUUGAUUGGAAUGUGCUGGCCACUCCCCCUACAGGCUCUUACAAGGAAGCGCAACAGUGUAUGGCAUGGAAAAGACUCUUGGUAUUUGAAAAGGGGAACCCUCAAAGGAUUGAUGCUACAACAGCUAAUAGGCGUGUCACCUUUACUUACGAGCAAUGCCUGAUGUAUCUAUAUCAUCAUCCUGAUAUAUGGUACGAUUAUGCUAUGUGGCAUGCGAAGAAUGGUUCUAUGGAUUCUGCAUCAAAAAUAUUUCAGCGAGCUCUAAAAGCAAUCCCUGAUUCUGAAGUACUUAAGUAUGCCUUUGCUGAAAUGGAAGAGUCCAGAGGGGCAAUACAGACUGCUAAGACAAUAUACGAAUCUCUUCUUGGUGAAAAUGCUAGUGUGACCUCACUUGCAAAUAUUCAGUUUAUUCGGUUUCUAAGGAGAACUGAAGGCAUUGAAGCAGCUCGUAAGUACUUUUUGGAUGCUCGGAAGUCACCAAGCUGCACUUAUCAUUUGUAUGUUGCUUAUGCUACAAUGGCAUUCUGCGUCGACAAGGAUGCAAAGGUGGCACAAAGUGUUUUUGAAGCAGGUUUAAAGAGAUUUAUGCCUGAGCCAGGAUACAUCCUUGAAUACGCGGACUUCCUGUGUCGUUUAAAUGACGACAGAAAUGUACGUGCUUUGUUUGAGAGGGCACUGAGCUUACUUCCUCCUGAGGAAUCCACAGAGGUAUGGAGACGAUUUGCCCAAUUUGAGCAGAUCUACGGGGAUUUAUCAAGCAUGCUUAAGGUUGAACAAAGAAGGAAAGAGGCUCUUUCUAGGACAUCAGAAGAUGUCCUAUCUGCAUCGGAAAACACUCUUCAUGACAUAGUUUCCCGAUACAGUUAUAUGGAUCUUUGGCCAUGCUCAUCAAAAGAAUUGGAUUAUCUAGCGAGACAAGAGUGGCUAGCGAAAAACAUUGUUAAGAAGGUUGACAAAUCAGCUAUGCUAAAUAGCAGUAGCAUGCUAGACAAAGGUGCUGCAGGAUUUAGUGCGAGUGCAAGGUUACUACCACAAUCUGCCAAAGUUGUUCGUCCUGAGACUUCUCAAAUGAUCAUUUAUGAUCCAAGACAGAUGAAAGGCCCAGAGUUUGCAGCAACUAGCAGUGGGUACACGAAGGAGGUUGAAGACAUGCUCAAAGUGCUAUCGCCGUCGAUGGUGUCCUUUAUUAAGAAUUUGCCUGCUAUUGAAGGACCAUCGCCGGAUAUUGAUGUGGUGCUCAGCGUGCUGCUGCAGAGCACAUUGCCAGUUGCACAGAGUGCUGGGAAAGCAGGUGGUGUGAGUGAGCUCUCAGGUGUUGGAAAAGCGGGACUAAACCAGAAUGGAUCUGUUCAUAGACCUCCAAGGGAGAGAAGGAAGGACGUGGAAAGGCAAGGGGUGCAGGAGGAAGAGGAUGCGUCAACGAUUCAGAGCAGGGCAGCUGUGCCACGAGACAUCUUCAGGCUUCGGCAGAUUCAGAGGAGUCGUGGCCUGGGGGUUGGUGGUGCUGCCACCGCUUCGCAGUCUGGGUCCUCGGCAUUUUCCUUCUCGGGCGGUGGAAGUGCCUUCUCUGGGGAUCACUCAGCCAGCACAGAUUAG